UCCUGCGCUGCGAGGGCGGAGCAUGAGCUGCAUGAAGCGCUUCUGUCAUGAGACUCAGUCACAUGACUGGCUUCAGCACACACUCAUUCUGUCGCUGAGACUUUAUUCGCCUGUUAUUGUUGAAGAUGGCGGAGGAAAGAGAGCCUCCACCGCUGUCCGCCGCGUCACACACGGGCUCGACGGAGCCGGAGGACGGAGAGGAUCUGUUCGUCAGCGCCGUGAUGGAGGCCAGUCCAACAUCUCCAGAAGACGUCAGCACCAGCUCGAACGGACCCAAACCAGAGCAGAUCUUCCUGGACGAGGAUCCGGACGACCUCUUCGCCGAAGCGACAGAGGAAGUUUCGCUGGACAGUCCCGAGCGGCAGCCGAUCCUGUCAGACGGACCGUCGCCCGCCAUCACUCCUGUGACGCCCACCGUCAUGAUCGCCCCCCGACUGGACGUGGGCGUGUUCGACCGGUCGCCGGACGAGGAUGAAGAUGAAGAGGAAGGCAGGGACACGUUUGACAUGCAGAUAUCGGUGUCGGACCCGGAGAAAGUUGGUGAUGGCAUGAACGCGUACAUGGUCUAUAAAGUGACGACCAAGACCAGCCUGUCCAUAUUCAACAGAGACGAGGUUUCCGUCAAGAGGCGCUUCAGUGAUUUUCUGGGUUUGCACAGUAAAUUAGCCUCCAAGUACCUGCACAUCGGCUACAUUGUGCCUCCUGCUCCAGAGAAAAGCAUUGUGGGAAUGACGAAGGUCAAAGUGGGAAAGGAGGAUCUGUCGUCGGUGGAGUUUGUAGAGAAAAGAAGAUCUGCUUUGGAAAGGUAUCUGAUGAGGACCGUCAAACACCCGGCGCUGCUCAAAGACCCCGACGUCCUGCAGUUCCUCGAGAGUUCAGAGCUGCCGCGAGCGGUUAGCACACAGGCGCUGAGUGGGGCCGGAAUAUUGAGGAUGGUAAACAAAGCGGCCGACGCUGUCAACAAAAUGACAAUCAAGAUGAAUGAAUCGGAUGCGUGGUUUGAAGAGAAACAGCAGCAGUUCGAGAAUCUCGACGUUCAGCUCCGAAAACUUCACGCGAGCGUCGAAUCUCUGGUGUGUCACAGGAAGGAGCUGUCCGUGAACACGGCGUCGUUUGCGAAAAGCGCGGCCAUGCUGGGAAACUCGGAGGAUCACACGGCGCUGUCGCGAGCUCUGUCUCAGCUGGCCGAGGUGGAGGAGAAGAUCGACCAGCUGCACCAGGAUCAGGUGUACGCCGACUUCUACGUGUUCUCAGAGCUGCUGGGAGAUUACGUGCGGCUCCUGACCGCCGUCAAAGGCGUGUUCGACCAGCGAAUGAAAACGUGGGGCAAAUGGCAGGACGCGCAGAUGAUGCUGCAGAGGAAGAGAGAGGCCGAAGCCAAACUACAGUACGCCAACAAACCCGACAAACUCCAGCAGGCCAAAGACGAGAUCAAGGAGGAGAUCGAGGAGUGGGAAGGUAAAGUGCAGCAGGGUGAAAGAGAUUUUGAGCAGAUCUCAAAAAACAUCCGGCGAGAAGUUGGACGAUUUGAGAAAGACAGAGUGAAGGAUUUCAAAGUCGUCAUCGUUAAAUAUCUGGAGUCACUAGUUCACACACAACAGCAGCUAAUAAAGUAUUGGGAGGCGUUCUUACCUGAAGCCAAAGCGAUCGCAUAAUCGGACGACCCUCGGCUCAUCAUCUUUCUUUAUUCUCCAGUAUGAUCAUGCAAGAAAAGGCUGCACAGACUUAAUUAAACUCUAAUGAUAGCACUACAAUAAUAAAAAAGCAUCUGAAUCUCUUCAUACUUUGUACCUGUUUGGUGUCUGAAGAUCACCGCUGUCGUUUCUUCACUAAGAUGAUCCGGAGGUCAUGCGCUCUUUCAUCGCUGAUAUCGUUCAGAUCAAAGCUCGUUGAUCUCAGAUUGAAUGUGGCAUUAGGCAAUGAUCCGGCAGGGGAAGGCCUUCUGUUUUCUGUUCUCUUUUGUCUCGUAUGUACAGAAUGAAGCAUUAUUCUCUCAAUCAGUAUUUAACAGUAUCAAUAAUAAUCGAUGAGGCUUUGAGCAGCUCGUGCGCUCUGGACUCUGCUACUCGCGUCGACGUAUAUACAUAUGUAUAUUUUUUUAUUUUGCUUUGUAGCCUGAAAUUUUUGAACGUUUCAGUUGAUUCAUUGUUCUAACAGAUUUUUUAAUCACAAGUAUUUUUUACUCUACAUUCCUGUGCAACAAUAUCUGAACCUUAAUAAAGGAAUGAAUCAGUAUCAGAA